AUGUCCACCUUCAAGUAUGUGUCGCACGCGCUGUUUGAUCUCGAUGGCCUACUGCUAGGCGCUGAACGUCUGCUGCGCCACCCGAAGGCUCACGGUGUCCCCAUGGCAGUCGCGACCAGCACGACGCCUGCUUUGUUCGACCUCAAGAUGUCGCAGCAUCGAGACCUCGUCACACUAUUUCAACACGUGGUCUGCACCGGUGGAUGCGCAAAAGUAAAGCGCGGCAAGGUACACCCGGACAUCUUCCUCGUGGCUGCAGCAAUUUUUGACGAGAAGCCGCCUCCCGGAAAGGUGCCGGUGUUCGAAGACGCUCCCACGGGAGUCACGGCUGCACUGGCUGCUGGCAUGCAAGUCGACAUGGUUCCGGACCCUCGCGUUGAUUAA